AUGGGUCAAAAGGGCAGUAAGAUUCAAGUGACAGCUACAGAUAAAGCAAUACUCCAAUUAAAGCUGGCAAAGGAUAACUUGCAUCGGUAUUCAAAGCGUACAGAUACACUUAUUGAACAAGAACGUAAAGAACUCAGGAAUAUAGCAAUUGCAGAGAAGGAAAAAUUCAAGAAGAAUGCAAGAGCACGUUUAUUACUUAAAAGGAUUCAUUAUCAGCAACAUUUGCUGGAUCAGUGUUCUGAUCAGUUGAUUAAUUUGGAGAACAUGCUUAUGACAAUAGAAUUCAAGUUGGUUGAGAAGCAAUUUAUAGAAGGUUUAACUCAUGGGAAUGAAGUAUUAAAGAAGUUGAAUAGAGAGUUUUCUGGGGUGGAGGAGUUAAUGGAUGAUUUUGCAGAACAAGUAGCUUACCAAGAAGAAAUAGAUGAGGUAUUAGGGAAUAGUACGGUCAGCUUUGUCGGAAAUUUCCAACAAGAAAUUGAUAAAGAAUUAGAUAUACUAGAUGCCGAAAUUAAUGCUAAACAAACGGAUGUGGAAGCGUUCCCAUCCACUGAGGGACUACCAGAAGUGAGACACAACGAACCUGCCAAGAAUUUAACGGAAGAAUCAGCUGAAGAGGACAAGGCUCUUCUUCACAGUAAGGCUCUGAAGAAGCCAAUGCCUGCAUAA